CUCUCUCUCUCCACCUCUCUCUCUCUCUCUCCACUGCGAAUUUUCUCUCUCCUCGGUUCUCUAUCUCGACGCUGAUCCUGUCGCCGUUCGAUCUCAAGAAUCCCAAGAAACCCUAGAUUCAAUACAUCCAUUGUUGAUUUCAUCCCUCUUUCUAUAGUAACUAAAUCCCCUCGGAUCUGCCGAGAUUCGAGAGGAUCCACGUCGAAUUGAGCGCCGGCGCCCAGAUCUAGGGUUUAUUUAUUUGAAUUUGGGGUUCGAAUUUCGAUUAUUUGAAGGAGGGAGAGAGAGAGAGAUAGAGAGAGAUUGGGGGAGAUGAGAGGGGAUCUCGUGGGGUCAGAGUUACGAUGAUCGGAGCAGGGUCAUUGGGACUUCGAUCAACAGGGAGUUAUGGAUCGUUGCAGCAUCAAUCGCAGCAGGAUUACCCAGUUCGCAAGAACUCGAAGGAGAGGAGACUGUGGUCGAUCUGUAGGAUUGCGAUCAGGAAGAAGGCGACGAUGUUGCUGUUGCUUUCUCUCAUCUCGGUUGCGGCUAUCUUGUUCUCCUUCUUCUUGAUCAGUAGAGAUGUAAAUCAGCCAGCAGAUCCUGAGACGGUUUUUGGUUAUUCAGAUCAUGUUUGGAAUCUUGUAGACCAUGAUAGGAUAUCAUCAAAUUAUAUUAGGCCUCCUCCAGCUCCUGCAACUGAAGACAAAGAAACAGUGGUUAUACAACAUGAUAUUUUUGUGAAUGAAACUCAACCUUUUUCGUUGUUUCGUCCAGUGCCAAUUCCUUUGCAUCAUCCUUGUGAGAAUUUCUCACUUCCUCCUUCACAAGUCAAUCCAAAGCGCCCUGGUCCACGUCCAUGUGAUGUUUGCUAUGUCCCUGUGGAUCUCGCUGUGGCUUACAUGCCAACUUUGCCGUCAAUAUCACCUGUUAUUAAGAAUUUGCAUUAUGUUUCUGAAGAGAACUUGCUGGCAGAUGAGUCUAAUGGGGGCUCCAUAUUUGGGGGACAUCCAUCUUUGAAGCAGAGGGAGGCGUCUUUUGACAUAAAGGAGACAAUGACUGUGUACUGUGGAUUUGCUAAAGGGAAGAAACCUGGUCAAGGGACUGGGUUUAACAUAGACGAGGCUGAUAUUCUUGAGAUGGAGCAGUGUCGUGGUGUAGUUGUAGCUUCAGCUAUAUUUGGAAAUUACGACGUUAUGCAACAACCAAGAAACAUUCGUGAAAUUUCAAGGAGAACAGCUUGCUUUUAUAUGUUUGUGGAUGAAGUAACUGAAGCCUCUAUAAAGAAUUCCAGUGCUCUUGUUAGCACAAGAAAAGUUGGAUUGUGGAGAGUGGUAGUUGUUCGUGAUCUUCCUUAUGCAGAUGCAAGACGCACAGGAAAGGUUCCGAAACUUUUACUUCACAGACUUUUUCCUAAUGCUCGGUUCUCUGUUUGGAUUGAUGGAAAGCUGGAACUUGUGGUUGACCCCUACCAACUUCUGGAGAGGUUUUUGUGGCGGAAUAAUGCCACUUUGGCAAUCUCCAAGCAUUACAAACGGUUUGAUGUAUUUGAGGAAGCAGAGGCUAAUAAAGCUGCGGGGAAAUAUGAAAAUGCCUCCAUUGACUACCAAAUCGAGUUCUACAAAAGGGAGGGAUUAACUCAUUUUUAUCCAGACAAAUAUCCUAUUACUAGUGAUGUGCCUGAAGGCUGUGUGAUCAUCAGAGAGCAUAUUCCCAUUACAAACCUCUUCACCUGUCUGUGGUUCAAUGAAGUUGAUCGCUUUACUUCCAGGGAUCAACUGAGUUUCAGCACUACGAGGGACAAAAUAAGACUUAAAACAAACUGGUUGCCCUUCAUGUUCAUGGAUUGUGAAAGGCGCAACUUUGUCAUUCAGGCAUAUCACAGAGACUUGUUAGAGAAAAAGCGUGCGUCCCAAAAUCACCUUACACAGCCCAGUUGGGUUAAAGAGUUGCGGACUAGAUCGGAAUCCAAUGAAGUCCACAAUGUAGCAACAUCAAGGUCUACUCCAUCAAGAAAGCAACCAUCUAGACGUGGAAAGGGCAAGAAAUCUGGUUCCAAAAGACAUCGUCUUAGAGGAGCUGGAAGUGUAAGAGAUUCCAAUUCAUUCUAAAUUUUCGAGACAAUUUCUUUGAUUUCUACAUUUUUUUCCCCGUUAGUUGGAGCUAGCGAGAUUGUUUUGUGGUCGGGGCUUUAUAUAGGUAGAACGAACACUGUAAUUUUUUUGGUAAAAAGUAGUUUCCCCCCCUCCGUUAAUUCAUUUUUGCUGUACAUAACCAAUUCACCAUAGAAAUAAGUAGUGUAUGAGCUGCCUGUUGUCCCUAAGAACCUGAUAUAUUCGUUGAUGCAAUUGGAUUAAAGCAAAUGAAAACAUGGUUUAAGUUCGCUA